AACAACCGCGGUAACAAUUUAAGUAGCCCAUUUCCACGGGGAAACCGCGGACUUGGCAACACUGGAACACUGCCUGAGGCAAUGAAUCUUCUUUUGUGAACUCAACUGAUUUAAAAGAUUCGAGUCGCUGAGAUGAAUCAAAGGCGCGCGCUCGACUCUGGGUGUGCACGACAGGGCAGACGGUAGUGCACGCGCUCAGCUCUCCUCUCCUCUUCCGCAGAGUAUCGCACAGCAGCAGCAAGCAGCAGUCAGCAGCGCCUCUGGGAGGAUGGAUGGAGCGGGCUCGUUUGGAGCGGGCCGAGCCGGUUCGGCCUUUGAUCCGAUUGCGUUCAUCAAACAACCACAGACAAUCCUAAGAGUCCUGGCAUGGAUCUUCUCCAUGGUGGUCUUUGCUUCAAUAAUAAAUGAGGGCUAUGUGAAUAUGGGCAGUGAGCGACUGCACUGUGUCUUUAAUAAGAACGCAGACGCCUGUAACUAUGGCAUUACUAUAGGAAUUGUGGCUUUCUUAGCCUGCGUCUUCUUCCUAGCCCUGGACGUCUACUUCCCCCAGAUCAGCAGUAUUAAAGAUAGAAAGAGAGCAGUGCUGUUGGAGAUGGUUUUUUCAGGAUUCUGGACGUUCCUUUGGUUUGUAGGAUUCUGCUUUUUGGCCAGUCAGUGGAGUCAUACUUCCCCUAAGGAGCUGCCGCUGGAGCAGGCGUCAGACGCAGCACGAGCAGCUAUUGCCUUCUCUUUCUUCUCCAUCCUUACCUGGGCGGGCCUAACGGUGUGCGCCGUUCAGAGGUUCCUGCUCGGCACUGACAUGACACUGUUCACCACUGAGCAAACGGCCGCCCAGCCGCCCAAGCAGCCGUACCCCUCCAACGACGUGAUUGGUCAGACCACCAUCCCCGUCAACGCUUACCAGAGUCCACCGCUCAUCGAAACCGUGGAGACCCGCCCCCCUGGAUACAAGAUCCCACCUGCAUUUUAAUCCACAACCAAUCAGAAGGCAAGGAAUAUAGCAGUGCUAAAGGACAGAGUAUAGACUGCCGUCAAUGUUAGCUAAAUGUAUCGUAUCGUAUCGCGUUUUAGUAACGGGGUGGCGAGGGGAUGAUGCUCACCUUCUGUAGUCCGCACUAUAAUACAGUCUGAUGAUGUAUAGUCUCACUUUAACCGGAGCAAAGAUGGAUGUUUUGGGUUGAUUGUGAUUGCCUAACCAAAUGUUUUACAUUCGGCUACAAAUAAUUGUCAAAAUCACCAUGUGCUAUUUAUUUAGCGUUUUAUUAUUAUUGUUUAAUUAAAGAAAUGAAAAAUAAUUAAAGGUGCACUAAGUAUUGGCUGUUGCAUCAUUUAAAAUCAAAAGUUUUUGGUGAGUAAAUAAUGACAGAAUUUAAUAACUUUAAUUCUGGUAAUUCAGAAAAAGCUUAUCUAAAUGAUGACUGUUUUGAAAUAAAAAAUUAAAAAAAAUUGAAAUAAAAUCGAUUAAGGGGUUUUAGACCACUAAUAUGAGUGGAGUCAAAUUUCAUAUCCAAAAUUUACAACGUAUUUUACAAAAGUACAGGGUAAAACUUUUAUCCAAUUGCAAAAGUUACUUGGUGCACCUUUAAGUAUAACAAAAGGAUAGCUUAUAUUAUAUUAUAUUUUUGUGUUUCUGAUUAUCAAAUGAUACAGUCUUGGCACAGCUGAUUGACAGAAGUACCAAACGAUACAUCAGUCAACGUCUACUGCAGUUAAAUCAGUUCUGUCCACGUCAUUUGUGUCAAAAUCUGUUUUUGUUGAGAGAGAAUUAGCAAAUGUGUUUAUAAGUACUUACAGUAUGUCACUAUUAAGAGAGAGAGAGAGAGAUAAUGAGAAAUGGUGAAGAGAGUGAGCAAAUGAGUGUGUGCGUGUGUGUUUGCUGAUGGACUCUAGUAGCAGUCAGAGACAUUCCGGAUGAGAUAACUGAGAUUACCGGAACAGAUUGUUUACUUUAACAAGCAUACUUGUGCAUAUAUGUGUGUGUGUGUGUGUGUGUGUUUAAGUGUGGGUGGGAAUGCGUGUGCUUGCUCUAAUUCCGUCUAAUUGCAUGAUAUGGUAAAAUGCCACAAAUUCCCACUGAAGCAGAGAUGCAAUUGUUAUAUUUUGUUAAUGGAAGAAGUUAAGUGGUUAUUAAAGUCUUUAAGAUUACAUAUACAGUACCAUGAGGUCCUGAAUAAAGAUGAACCAGUACAGUGAAGCAGACUGCUGGAUGAUGCUAUUUUGUGUGCUGGGAUUCCAAAAUGACAAAACCAUAUUUCACAGAAAAAAUAUAAUAAGUUUUGGAAUAACAUGAU